AUGGCGUCGUCAUCGUCACGAUCGCUGGUUUCUUCCUAUAGCUUUGAUGACAAAGACUUUGAUGACGCUGAUUUAUGGGCGGUGAUCGAUUCCGCCGCCGCUGCAGCCUGCCAGUCUAUCGGGAAAUCACCCAAACCCCUCGCGAUUAAGUAUCCUAACUUCAAAUCUCCUCCGACGCCUAUUUCUUGCCCUCCUCCACAGUCGAAGCAUCUUCAGGUCCCGAAUCAAAGCUCUAGCUUUACACGGCGGUCACACGAGGAGUCACCGCGUCCGAAGAAAAUGGCCAGAUCUGGCGUUUUGUCUGAGGUGAACAAUGAGAGUCCUAUGGCUCUUGUUACGACGGCGCACAGGAAUUCGACCCCGACCAUCCAUUCGAAUAAGUUUUCUUCGCCGGAGAGUUACUUGUCGCCUGGGAUCAGACAGUCUACGCCCUUCUCGGAGGUUUCUCCGUCAGCGAGUUGCGUUAAGAACGAUUUGGUUAAUGAGAUGCGACAUAGUUUGUCUGGGAGCUUUCCUUCUGCUACUCUGUUCAAGGAAUUCCAGAAUUCAGCCAUGGCGAUUCUAGAGAAAUCUGAUUACACGAUGAUAUCCGGGAAAGCAUUCAUUAAAAAGUCAGGCUGGAGGAAAAUAUCGUUUUACUUCAACGUGUCUUAUGAAAUAAAAGACAAGACCAUUGAGUUCGACGAAAACAGGAAUGUGCAGCGUGCUGAGUUCAUCGUCCGAGCUAUCAUGCAUGGGGGAAGAUUUGCUGAUGGAUGGGGCUCCUGUGAGCGACGUGAGAAGAAAUUUCUCAAACCAAAUCACGAUAUCCCCAGCACAGCAGAGACCAGAGCCAAAAACAGGGCUUGCCAGGAUCUUCUAGGAAUAGGUGAAUAUCGAGAAAGCUCAACUGAGUUUCCACGAUGA